GAAUUAUAUUCUUAAAUUAUCAACAUACAGAUUACAAUAACCAGUUUUGUUGAAACUUAAUGGUCACACAAAGUUAUAUUAGGAUGUGAGAAUGAAUAUCUGUUUUCAGUAACAACUUAUUUUGUAUGGAGAAGGACGUGUCAGCAAAAAAACAUGAUUAUUUUUGUUUUUUUAUCACUAUUCGCCGUUACAGUUAAUUGCAUAUUUUAUGAUUCUUACACGGGUAAUGUUAUUAGCAAAGAUGAAGUGAAACAACACGACAAAGCGAAUAACACUUUUUGGUGUGUCGGAGAGUUUGAACCUUGCGACCCGAACGAAGGCCGGCGUGUUGAUGGCUCCUGCAAUAAUCUCCAACACCCAACCAGAGGCGCCAGUCAUACUCCAUUCGUCAGAGUCCUACCAGCUGUUUACGAUAAAGAUUUUGAACCGAAAACAACGAAAUCCGGAAAUGCUAUGCCCACUCCAAGGUAUUUGAGAACAAGUCUGUGGAGUGUGGGCAAGGUAUCCAGCCAAUUGUUUACUCAACUAGCGAUUCAUGAUUUCGUUUUCAUGUCUGCUGAUGUAGUGUCUCUUCAUGAUACAGUUAAAUAUAUUUUAUGGAAGCCAUAUUGCUGUACGGCCAAAGGAAAAACUGAUAGAGAUUGUGUACAGAACAAAAUACCUGAUGAUGACCCGGUGCACCGCUUCUCAGACAUCAGGUGUCUGAACAUGACGCGACCGGAGUCUUUUCAGUCCACUGGCUGUGUGAAAAAUGGAACAGUUCCAGAAAGGAUCGUAUCGUCUACACCUCUGAUCGACCUAUCGAUGAUAUAUGGGAGCGUUUUAAAAUCGCUACUGGCAAACGGAAGACUAUUCAAAGGAGGCUUACUGAAGUAUGAGAAUUCUAAUGGAAGAAUCUGGCCUCCAAGUACCAAAUCUCAAGCUAACCUUUGCUUUUUAAACGACAAGCCUAGAGAAACAAGAUGUCAUGCAACACCCGAUAUUGGUAGCAAUACACUUGCUAGUGUCAAUUUAAUGAGUAUUUGGUUUUGGAGGCACCACAAUUUCAUCGCGGAACAAUUGGCAAAGAUCAACCCGUGUUGGGAUGACAAUACGCUUUUUAAUACAGCGAGAGACAUAAAUAUCGCUGUAGCUCUACAGAUAUAUCUUUAUGAGCUGUUACCUCUUUUCUUGGGUCGUGACAAUUUGGUCAGAGAUGGUGUACUAUCGCCUUCAUUUGGAUACAGAGAUGCGUACAAUCCUGAAAUACUACCACAAGUUUCGCUCGAGUACCCGUUCGUCUUGCGAUGGCUCCACAGCGUCCAGGAAGGCACCCUUAAAAUGUACGACACAAAGGGAUAUUAUCUCAAGCAGUAUCCGAUAGUGAACCUCACUUUGAGAACAGGCUUCUUCGAUGUGGACAAUAACAUAGAUUAUAUAACACAAGGAGCUUUCAGACAAGGCAGUGCUAAUAUUGACCAUACAGCUGAUCCUGAUAUCGUUGAUAUCGGCUUGGGUCCUCACCAAAGAGCAUCAGAUCUGAUGACAAACGACAUCUCCAAGAACAGAUAUUUUGGAUUCCAGCCUUACGUUAAAUACCACGAAUUUUGCUUCGGUAAAACUAUCAAGAAAUGGGGAGACCUGGAAGGAGUAAUUGACCCCGAGAGGAUCGAAAUACUCAAAGAUUUGUACGAAGAUGUUGAAGACAUGGACCUCUUGGCCGGUAUUUGGGUUGAGAGGCGCAUUAAAGGUGGUUUCGUGCCGCCAACCUUCUACUGCUUGGUUGUGGAACAGCUAGUCCGCAAUAUUGUAUCUGAUAGACAUUGGUACGAGAGCUCGAAAAGACCCAACGCCUUUAGUUUACAACAACUUUUCGAAAUAAGGAAAGCUAGUAUAGCUCGAAUCCUUUGUGACGUUGGCGAUAAGGUCACCGAAAUACAGCCUCAAGCGUUCCUCAGACCGCAUUCAAGAAACAGAAUAAGUCGCUGCGAGAAUAUUCCCGGCAUCGACUUCACAGCCUGGAAGGACUUCAAAUGCAACGAACAGUACACCUGGCAAUUAGUGAAUGAAUAGAACAUGUUUAUAUUCACUUAUGUUAACGAAUUCUAUCCUCACAUUAUAAUUUAGUUACUAGUGCUCCCGCCGUAGUCGAAAUUCGACUAUAAUUAAUUGAAAUUAUAAGUUUGAACAUUAUUAAGGUUCUAUUGUCAAAGAUACUUCUUUAUUCACAGAUUUCGCCAAGACCACACUAUAGACAAAUAAUAUGAAAGAUAAAACAAUAUUAGCCUAUUCUCAAUUUGACCACAGACUUUAAGCUAUAACAAAAGUUUGACAAUAAACAAAAAGUAUAUAUGCGUGUUUGUGUGUCAAAUACGUGGUAGUGUGUGUAAUGUUUUUUUAUUGAUUUAAUGUAUUAUUAAUGCAUAAUUUUUAAAAAAUAUUAUCAUUUUGCACUCCUUCUCUAUAUUUUCUAUAUAAGUGUGGUAGGACCUCUUGUGAACUGGUGGUAGGACCUCUUGCGAGUCCGCGCGGGCAUGUACCACCGCCCUGCCUAUUUCUGCCGUGAAGCAGUAAUGCGUUUCGGUCUGAAGGGUAGGGCAGCCGUUGUAACUAUACUGAGAUCUUAGAACUUAUAUCUCAAGUUGGGUGGCGCAUUUACGUCGUAGAUAUCUACGGGCUCCAGUAACCACUUAACACCAGGUGGGCUGUGAGCUCGUCCAUCCAUCUAAGCAAUAAAUUAAAAAAAUUUGGGAAAUUUCAUACCACUCCGUCCGCGCAAUUUUCGUAAAAAAAUUUUGCUUCACGUAUUAAUAUAAUAAUAUGGAUUACACAUGAUAUCUAUAUAUUAAUAUGUGAAGAAUUAACUUUUUAUCCCUUUUUACGAAAAUUGCGCGGACGGAGGAGUAUGAAAUUUUCCACACUUAUAGAGAAUAUAGAGAAGAAGUGCACAGUGCUAAUUUUUUUUUUAAAUAGUGCAUAAAAGAUACAUUAAAUCAAUAAAGAAAACAUUACACAUACUGUCAAAAUGUUGUUCUUGACGUCUGUGGUCAAAUUGGGAAUAGAUUAAAUAUUGUUUGUCUUUAUUAGUACUUUUUUAUAGAGUAGCCUUGGCGAAAUUUAAGAUUAUAGAAGUAUAAAAUACAAUCAUAAUAGUGUACAAACUUACAAAUCCAAUUAAUUAUAGUCGAAUUUCGACUACUGCGGGACCUUUAGUAGUAUUAAAACUAUGUAUACUGACUGACAGUAUAUUCUUUACAAUUAAAUUCAAUUAUUUAUCGCAAAUACUAUUAACGGUAAAUUGUAGUUUUAGAUGAUGCGGUGACGGGCUGACGUUUGUUUUAAGUGAUUACGGGAUACCAUAGACAUCAACCUUGACAUACCGAAAGCAUAAUAGCGGCCAGAGUAUUACCCAUAAAUAAACGUUGAUUAUAAUUA